GACUUAAGAUGACAAGAAUACCCUUGCCUUUCAGUUAACUUUAAUAAUAAACUCCUUCCUAUAGGUAAUACAAUAACUACCUCUAUAUUCCUUGUUUUUAGGAUAGAAGUAAUAAGGCAGAAAGCAGAAAUUAUUUUCAACAAUAAUUAGAAGCAUAAGAAAAAAAAAAUAUUCCAAGACAAAGGUCAUUCUGGGCAUUAGAGACAUUUUCAUUGUUAAUAAAGUUUGGUGCCAGUCCCGCCUUUUCUUUUCACAAGCCAACAAAGCCAUCUAUGGAACAGAGACGCAAUAGAAAUAACCAAGGCCCUCGUGGUUUCAUUCUCCUCCUACAGCAGCAGCAGCCAACAUGAUCUCCCUGUUAGAUGUUUACCAUGUCUUGGCUGCUACAAUCCCUUUGUACUUUGCCAUGAUCUUAGCCUACGUAUCUUUAAAAUGGUGGAAGCUCUUCUCAGCAGAUCAAUGCUCUGGCAUUAACAAGUUUGUAGCAAAAUUCUCUAUCCCGCUCCUCUCCUUCAGUGUGAUCUCUGCCAACAAUCCCUACCAGAUGGACCUGAAACUCAUAUUGGCAGAUGGCCUCCAGAAACUGCUUGCCUUCCUUCUAUUGGUAAUUCUUGCCAAAAUUAGCUCCAGGGGACACACAGAUUGGGUUAUAACUGGUUUGUCUUUGUCAACUUUACCCAACACCUUGAUUGUGGGAAUUCCAUUGUUGAGAGCCAUGUACGGGAAUAAAGCAUCGGCACUUCUCUCCCAGAUAGUUGUCAUGCAGAGUUUGGUCUGGUACAAUCUAUUGCUGUUUCUGUUUGAGUUUAGAGCUGCUGAGACAGCCUCUGAAACUCCUCCCUUAGAAGUCACAGGGGAACUGGAGGCCCCACAGGAAGCACAACCAAAAGCGGUAGGUGAGGAAGCAAAGGCCAGAACCCUGAGAAAAAUGAACACCAAGCUUAUUCUCAUGACUGUGGGGAGGAAGCUCGUGAGGAAUCCCAACACUCAUGCAACUUUGAUUGGUCUUAUUUGGGCAGUCAUCAGUUUUAGGUGGAGAGUUAAACUGCCGCUAAUUGUUAACAACUCAAUAUCAAUAUUGUCAGAUGGAGGACUUGGCAUGGCAAUGUUCAGCUUAGGUCUUUUCAUGGCCUCACAGCCUAGCAUAAUUGCAUGUGGAACUAGGAAGGCAGCCUUAGCCAUGGGAAUCAAGUUCCUGGUAGGACCUGCCCUAAUGGUAGUCUCCUCCUAUGCUAUUGGAUUGAAAAGCAUAUUGUUUAAGGUGGCAAUUGUACAGGCAGCUCUUCCUCAAGGAAUUGUUCCAUUUGUGUUUGCUAAAGAGUAUAAUGUACAUCCAGACAUAUUGAGCACUGGGGUUAUCUUUGGCAUGCUUAUUGCGCUUCCAAUAGCUUUGGCCUACUACUUCCUGCUAGGGUUGUAAAUGGAUGUGUGUCUUCAUGCAACAAACAAGAAUCCAGAACCAUGGUAAAGGUCACAAGGGCUCAAGAUGGAUUGGGAAAUAAUAUUUAUUCUAUUCAACCUCCUUUGAAAUGUAAUAAGAACUU